UACUCUUGAUUGAAUAUAAAUUUCAACACAUUUUACAAAAACUAUAAACAUCCAGAAAAGAAAACCCCUUAAUUUCUCGUCGAGAAUAUGCCGAGCACCACCACUUCACCGAAGCACUUCGUGCUGGUUCAUGGCCUAUCCCACGGAGCAUGGUGCUGGUACAAGGUCGUGAGCAACCUGCAAUCCGCCGGCCACCGUGUGACGGCGGUGGACCUUGGUGGUUCUGGGGUGCACCCAAGUCGACUUGAGGAAAUAGCCACCUUCUCCGAUUAUGUACAACCACUGAUUCAGUUUAUGGAGUCGUUAUCUGGCGAUGAAAGGGUGGUGUUAGUUGGGCACAGCUUUGGUGGACUUCCUAUCUCCGUCGCCAUGGAGAAGUUUUCACACAUUGUGUCAGCUGCCAUUUUCAUCACCGCAUACAUGCCCAAUUGCAGGGAUCCACCAGCACUCCAGAUGAACCAGUACUUCAAGAAUUUGAAGCCGGAAACUUAUAUGGAUUGUCGGUUCACGUUCAAAGAUGGGUUGCCAGUGUCGGCGGAACUAGGAUGCGAUUACCUAGCCACCAUGAUGUACCGGAGUUGCCAAUCGGAGGAUUUAGCAUUGGCAAAGAUGUUGAUAAGACCGAGUAGGUUAUUCUUGGAGGACAUGAGCAAGGAUUCUAUUCUUACCAUAAACAAAUAUGGAUCGAUUAAGAGGGUUUAUGUAAUAUGCGAGAAAGACCAGGUGAUGGAUGAAGAAUUUCAAAAGUUCGUCGUUGAAGACAGCCCCCCAGAUGAAGUAAAAUCCUUUCCUGAAGCUGGUCAUAUGAUCAUGUUAUCAAAACCGAAUGAUUUAGCCCUCUAUUUACAAGAAAUUGCUAAUACAUACCCAUAAAUUUUGUGCUUAUAUAUAUAAGGCUUGAAUGAGUGGAUGGCAAAGAGGCAUCCCAAGGGUGUGGUGGUAAGGAAUUGGCUGAGCUGGAGGGAGUUGGGAGUGGUUGUGAGUCCAGAUAGCCAAAAAAAGUCUUGUCAUAUAAUAAAUGUUUAUCAAAGGUGAAUCACAAAAUAUAUGGAAUAGUGGUGAUGUGAUUGUUAUUCAA